GAAAGCCGCUUUUAACGAGAAUUUCAGACAGGACGACGUCGGCCAGUCUGGCGUGUGUUUGUCAACAUUACGACGAAGCGUGUGGGGGAUCCGUGGAGACGGCCUUGCUUCUGUAAAAGAGCUCUAACCCGAAAAACAACAAUAUUCUUGGUAGUAGUAACGUAUGAAGUGCGAGAGAGUGUGCAGGUGUUUUGCGGACGGAUGAUCGGUGCACUUAUUGAAACACGUCGACGGGAAAAUAUGUGAAAAUGUCAGGGGGAUGUGACGGUGUUACCUCUCCGGGUUACUACGGUCGUUCUGGCAUCCUCGAAACUCACGUUCGAGGUCAGUGGUAUCGCGUCUUCGUCUCCCUCGAAGACGACUAUCUUAGCAUAACUCUGGACGAAUCCUGCGAAAAUUCGACUACGCUGAACGGCUCAUUGAAUAAUAACAUCGAAACCCCCAGCGGACUUAGUGACACGCCGGACGUGCCGGAUUCGGUGGCAAAUCAGAAACGUUUAGUGCGUGUCGUCAAAUCGGAUAAUAAUGGACUCGGUAUUUCAAUUAAAGGCGGUAAAGAGAACAAGAUGCCCAUACUUAUUAGUAAAAUAUUCAAGGGGAUGGCGGCGGAUCAAACCGAACAAUUAUACGUAGGUGACGCCAUCCUUUCCGUCAACGGGGAAGAUUUAAGGGAGGCGACCCACGAUGAAGCGGUUAAGGCACUGAAAAGGGCCGGAAAAGUCGUCGAAUUAGAAGUGAAAUACCUGAGGGAGGUAACGCCGUACUUUCGCAAGGCGAGUAUAAUAUCAGAAGUGGGAUGGGAGCUGCAGAGAGGGUUUUUGUCCGGAGCCCCGCCGGCUGUCAGAUCACCGCAAAGGGCAGACACGCGCUAUUUACCAUUGCAACUGUGUCAUCUUGCCAGAGGAUUUAAAUAUCCGGAUCCAGAACGGUCCCGGAGGUUUGUUACUGUUGGUAACCACAGGCGGUCAGUUAAAGAAAUGACAGUCCAGAAUUCGGCGGGCAGUUACGUCCAGAGAAGCAACUAAAACGGAAUUACGGCACACGAAC